CUGAAUCCAAAAAUGUACUCACUGAAGAAAUCUAAACUACUAUGAUUAAUUUGUAUUUUAAAUAAUUAUUACUAAUUAAGUUUAAUGGUUUUUGUGAUUAUAAGUCAUUAAUAUAUGUUUCUACUUGGCAUGUCUUAUUUUAUUUCAAUAAAAGCUUCCUGUGUAUCGUAGUACUCAAUUCACUGUAAACAGAUAGAAUGAAGAAAAAGCAUUAUAGCAGCUCUAGUGACACGGAUAGUGACACACCUCUUGUAAAGAGCAGAAGUAGAAGUCGAGAAUUCAGAGAAAAUGAUUUGUAUAAGUGGAGCAUCGAGAGAUGUGAGUUUUGUGAUGCUGUGUAUUACAAUAAGUACAACAUUAUGGUUCACAAUGCUACGCAUAUCAUAAUACCAUUGCUCCAACAGAAAAUACACGAGUGUCCCAAAUGCUACUUCCACUUUACGUCAGAAACAUCGCUAGAAGAACAUAUGGUUAUGAAACAUUUAAACAUCACAAACAAAGAGGACUUUACGCCUGAUUUAAUAAAAAAUAUAAUCACUAGUGAACCGCACACCGUUCUAAUUAAGGAACCGUUUGUAAAAAUAGAUACAAAAGCAGGAGUGAAUGAGAGAAAUGAUAUCCUGCAGAGUUUGGUAUUGAAACAACCCUUCACUGUGUUGACGAAAGAAACCUUCCUAUUAGGACAGGACACAAAAGAAAAAGUUACGGAUACAUUAGUAUCGGAGAGUAAACUCUUGGAGAGCUUUGUAAACAAACAAGCAAUAACUGUACUGAAUCCAUUAGUCGUCAAGGAAGAGGUGGAAAUAAUCAAUAUAUCCGAUAGUGACAGCAGUAUUUUUGAUAAUGAAAAUAGCAAUUCCGUAGACAGCUUUAGUAAAAUUAAUAGUAUCAAAGAUAGAAUACUGUUUGAGGAUGAUAACGAUGAUGAUAUAUUAAAUUUGAAUGAACCAAAUGAUCUGAAUUUAGUUAACGGAAGCAAUAUACAGAAUUUAGUCACUAAUGUUAAGAGUAACACGAUAAUAUUGGGGAAGUACCCCCGUGAUGAUACUAAGUAUGAAAGUGUGCAUUACGAUGAGCUCACAAAACCUGGUUUGUUUAAAUGCAAGAGGUGUUAUUUAUCUUUUCCUAAUAGAUACGAAUUAAUUGUACAUGAAACAAACUACAUGAGCAUAAGGAAGCGAUUGCCAUUCUUAUGCCGCAUGUGCGAUUGGUAUGUGGCCAACAACAGGUGGGGUUUGAAAGCGCACCAAAUGGCAAAACAUCCGGACAAAACCGUACCAACAACUGCACCGACUCGGUGCAGAAAAUGCAAUCUCGCAUACAUAUAUUACUACAGACAUUUAAGGAAUUACCACAAUACCUAUGUGUGUAGAUAUUCCAAAUGCAUGCUUACAUUCGAUAACAAAAGAGAUUACAAAUCACAUGAAUGCGCGAACAAAAGCUGGAAAGAGGAGAAAAUUGUUAACGAUGAGAGAAACAUCAUCACCUCAUUAUCCGGGGAUCAGUGGUAUUCAAAGAAUGUGCAUGUGUGCGAUUUGUGCAAAUCGUUCUUUAAAGACACACUGAAUAGGCAUUAUAAGUACAUAGGCAGUAUAAGCAAAGCCGGUGUCAGGAUGAAAUGUAAGCGAUGCCGGAACAAGUUCUUCGAGUUAAAUAUUGUCAAUGCGCAGUCGAGGUGUAAUGUCGGGUACGUUCACCAGGAGAAGAAGAAAGUUACCAACGAGGAACGGUUGAAGAAUGUUCAGCAGAGGUUGAAGAAAUUGAAAUUUUUGAAUAAAUUCUGA